UUUAACUAUGUUUAUGCCGCUAAAACGUACUUUUCGUCAUUUCAGACUCCAUGUAUAUCAUCACCGUGCCAUAACGGGGGCACUUGUGUAGCGAACUACAAGUAUCACACGUUCUACUGCCGUUGCAAAGAAGGUUUUAUUGGAGAAUUUUGCGAAGGUAAUUGUCACGUACUGCACGGAUUUUGGAGAAGGAAACUACACUGGAAAAACUAAUUUUGUCAAUUUUGUAACAUGCACACUAAUCCAUUUCUGGUAAAUUAAGAGGGACUUAGUCGAGGUAAUGGUUGCUUCCUUUUUCAGCGAUUCCAAAUUCAUGUUCAAUCGUCUAUGAUCAGCUCCCAGAGAAGUAAGUAACACUGUUUAUCUCUGGUACUUAGUACAAUACAUAUGUACGUAUUUUAAAAAGUUUAUUCAAAAAGUGUUAAAUAAAAGUUGGCCCUAUGUAAAAAAAAACUCCCUAAAGAAAAUCUAAUAAUAUUUCAUAAAUAUUAAUAAUCUAGGUAAUGUUCAAGAGAGCAAAAACGAGCAAAAACGCUUAAUAAAAAUUUCAAACUAAAUAUUUCCCGCCCCGACGACCUACUCAGGUAAAUCUUUCCAUUCUGUCUUCAACAAUUCUUUAAAAAUGAUAGAUAGAAUAAUACAGUUAGACCCCUUGAAUUGCAACUGACAAUUGUGGUCUCUCUUUGACCAUUUUGAAGCUAAUUCGGAGAAGUCUUGGAUGGGAAAACGAGAUUAUUUAAAGAAGAGACCCAGAUUUGUAGCACUCGAUCAGGGAAAAAAUAUAAUCUUCGUUUGUUCGUUUUAAAUCGCACAUUACUGGCCGGGGGCUAGGCUCGAGGCCUCUUCUCGGACUUUUUCCAGGAUAAACAACUGGAGCGGCAUACUCCAAGAUCGUUUUUACCAGAGACUUGUACAACAAGGAAACUUCAGGUGCGCUUUUAGGCCCAAGCAUGCUCUUGAUCAGGCCAAAAACCCCUCGAGCCAAAGAAGCAAGGAAGCAAAAAUAAAUAAAUAAAUAUAAAAAUAAUAACGCCUGAUCUCAGAUUAGUUAACUAUAUGCAUGACGACCGCAUGGAUACUAUGAUCGCACCGCGAAAGGUCGUAGGAGAUACCGAGAUCUUUGAUAUUUGUCACACUCUCAAGAAUUUCGCCAUUUAAUCUAAGCCCAUACCUAUCCUACGACCUAUCUUGUUUGUGAGUGUUUCAUAUCUAUCUGGGUUAAACAUCAACUGCAAAGUUUUCGCACCAUUCUUUAAAGCCGAAACAAGUCAGAUUGGAGCACAUAGGCAUCAUCAGGAAUGUUGCCUGUCUCUCUAUAGAGUUUAGUGUCGUCUGCAUAUCAUUUCACAGUUAAGGAAAAUCCAGUAGAUAUAUUGUUGACGUACAGGCAUUGUACCCUAAAGUACGCCUGAUUUUACCUGAGUCCAUGAACAAGUAACUGCCACGCAGAGCGGUGACACGUUGCGACCAAAAAAAAGCUCUGAAACCAUUUGAGAAGAGGGCCGUCAAUACCGUACCUUUCUAGCUUAUAAAUUAAAGCAGACGACAGUCAGUGGGACCGUCGUACGCUUUGGAGAAGUCUAAGAGAAUAACGUCCGCUGGUUUCCUCAGUUGAUACGAGAUUUCGCCCAUUCGUUAACGCGUGAUAACAGCUGCGUAACUGUCGAACGGUCUUUCAGAUGGAAAAUCCAUGAAACGAGAAAUUGACGUGCAGGUAAAGCUUUGUCGAGCCGUACAUUUGCUAUAAUUCAAACUUUAAGUACGCGAUUUGAUUCGGGUGAAAUACGCUGGCUUCGCCCCCCAAAACAUAAUUCUACAGUUUAACUAUUUGUUCCGCUAAUUUGCAUGCGAUUGUUGUUAGUGAAAUAUGACGGUAAUUGUUUCUGCAGUUUUUGCUGCCGUUUUAGACCGCAAAGCAGUCGGUCUUUUCUCAAAAUAGGUUUAGCGUAGCUUCAGAGUCUCACACAUGCAAAGGGGGCAAGCAUCGCUCUCCGCGCGUUUUAAGCCUCGCUUCAGACUUUUUGUUUGACUGCUCGCCCGUACUUGAAUAAACAAGAAUAAGGACUCUUUUGCAGUCUACUGCUGUUUUUAAAUAGAGGUGUUAUACCAGCGCAUUUGCCGUUACUUGUGGGUAAUAGAUCAAGCGCAAAGGAUUUAUUGAUUAAUGCGCACAAACAUGGAAAGAGAAACGAUCGAUGCACAUUCUUUAGUACUUGUAUAGGUUGUCGAUGGCACUCCGCUUAGAUUGUCAAUGGGCUUUGAAUAGCUUGGCCUGGGUUGUUCAAAGCUCGGAUAAAUAACCCAGGGUUAGUGCAAAAUUUUAAUUCAGAUAGGAAAUCUUACGAAGCAAAUUCUGUUUAAGCCUUUUGUGUACAAUUUUAUGUGUAGAUGCUCAAAAAAGACGAGAAAAUUAUCCGAGAAAAUGUUUUUGAACCGAAAGAAAAAUAGCCUCGCCGCAGACGUCCGUUGGGGUUCGUUUGUCACGCAGAAAUGAAUGCGUGACAAACGAACCCCAACGGACGUCUGCGGCGAGGCUAAAAGAAAAAUAAACCCGGAUUAAAAUUUAACCCCGAGUUAGCGUAAAUCGGCCUUCGAUGGCGAACAACUGGGCCCUGAUUUUUAGACGGUCACUCCCUAAUUCCCGGGGGAGAGGGGGAAGGAAGUGACGGAGUUAAUCAUCCGUUAAGGGUUGUAAAAAUUUAGGCGUGGAUAAUACCCUGUGCUUUCGUCGAUGUUUUAAGGCUAAAAAAAUGAUUUCAUUUUCUACAGGUUAAAAGAGACUCGGCUGGUCACUCUUCUCCUUGACUCAAAUCUAACUACCGUUCUCUGCCACAUGGGAGAUUUUGGAUGUGGAGAUGGAGGAUGGACACCGGUCAUGAAGAUGGAUGGCAGCCAGGUUAAGACAGUCUGUUUUUUUGGACUCUGAUCGUUUUGUAAGUUAAUUGAUGGAAUUAACCCUAGCAUAGGACGUACACACAAAUUCACAAACCACCAUCAUCGUGGUACAAGGGGGAGGGAGGGAGGGGGGAAGGUGCCAUCUUGGCUACCAUCUUGGAUUUUAUCAAGAAUCAGAAAUCAGGUUUAAACCGCAAGAAAUGGUAAUUUUGCGCUUGACAUGUAAAAUAACGCAUAAUUAAUUAGAGUUUUGCAUCAUUUUAUCCACAAUCUUUACUUUUAUUGUUGAAAGAGGUUGAACACCUGUUACUUAUGACGUCAUACCUCGUAACCAUAGUAACUGACCGUCACCGAACUUGCCUCCAAAUGCUUGGGAGGGAUAAACAAACAGCUACUAAAAACGUCAGGUGCUGAUAUUUUAUUCGUCUAAGAAAAAACUCCUUGUACGUCCGAGGGCCAAAAAAAAUUUUGACGACAAAAAAUGCCUUGUUUCUGAGCUUUUUGCAUAGUUGAUUGCUAUCUGGUUUCAUGGGAUGAGUUGCUCAGCUCACUUUAGCUUUGUCUGGGCGAGAGCCAGUGGUUUUGUCCUUGAGUACUAGUGGCCACGGUUUAGUCCCUUUUAAAAAGUGGGGCCAGCCUCGAACACAAUUUUUCUUGGCCUUGCCGUUGCGGACCUCAGUUUGGCCUAAAAAUAAGGUGGGUGCUUGGGCCCUCUCAAGUCGUUACCUUAGAUCCGCCACUGCGCAUGACCCAUUUUAAUGCCAGUUUUUCUAUCCUUACAGGGAACGUUUUACUACGACUCCAGUCUCUGGAGAAACAAAGAAACCUUCAACCUUGACGGAGGGAAAACUGGGUUCGACUCACAGGAAACCAAACUUCCAUCCUACUGGAACACAUCCUUCUCCAAGAUCUGCCUCGGUAUGAGGAUUAACAACCAGUCCAGGUUUAUUGUAAUCAAAAGGACCGCGACUUCUCUGCAUUCAUUGAUCGCUGAUGGAAAAUACCGCAACACCUCACUGGGUCGUGACACCUGGAAGUCGCUGAUUGGUUCUGAGGCCUCCUUGCAACAAAAUUGUAACUUGGAAGGGUUUAACGCUAGGCGUCCUAAUGAUUACUCCAAAGCAAGAAUUGGUAUCCUUGGUAACGAACAAGACGACUGCGAUACCUGUGACUCCAGAAUCGGUCUUGGUACUGGAGGAUCCCCAGCUCAUAACUCUAACACAUGUGGAAACGAGGCAGUAAGUUCAGGCGACAACGGCCACAAGCAUAUACAGGCAAUGGGUUAUAUCUUGGUGCAGUAA